CUGUCACUUGUUAUCAGCUGUGCGCGUGAAAAUAUUGAAAAAUUGAGGAAUCCUCAUCGGUCGGUCGAACAAAUUUUUAAUUAAUCUCAAUUAAAAUCUUCGUACUUCAAGUGUUCGAUAGCAGCAACCGAAUAGGAUGGCAGAGCUACUGAUCGACCCGAACAUCCGAGGCUGGGUGUUCUUGCCUAUUGUGGUCAUCACCUUUCUGGUUGGAAUAAUCCGUCACUACUUCUCGAUAUUGAUUACUUCCCAGAAAAAAGUGGAACUGACCCAGAUUCAAGACAGUCAAGCAAUGAUUCGGGCCCGCCUUUUGCGGGAGAACGGCCAAUAUUUGACGCCCCAAUCGUUCGCCAUGAGACGGCACUACUUCAACAACGAGGAAACUGGUUACUUCAAAACGCAAAAGCGAGCUCCCCCUAGUACCAAUUCCACCGCCAUGCUGUCGGAUCUGGUCAAGGGCAACUUCAUCAACGUGCUGCCGAUGAUUGUCAUCGGUGGGUGGAUUAACUGGAUGUUCUCCGGAUUCGUCACCACCAAGGUUCCAUUUCCGCUAACCUUGCGCUUCAAACCAAUGCUGCAGCGCGGAAUCGAACUGGUUUCUCUAGACGCGGCUUGGGUUUCGUCGGCUUCCUGGUACUUCUUGAACGUUUUCGGUCUACGAAGCAUCUACACAUUGGUGCUGGGAGAAAACAAUGCGGCCGACCAGACCCAGUCGAUGCAGGACCAGAUGUCCGGGGCGGCCGUCGCCAUGCCCCAGGACCCGAAGGCAGCCUUCAAGGCCGAAUGGGAAGCCCUGGAGAUCACCGAGUAUCAAAACGCGCUCGGCAACAUCGAAGAGGAGCUGCUGAAUGGAGCAGGAGCAGGACGUUCCGCGAUCGAGUCGUCGUCAUCGUCCUCCUGGCGCGAAGAGGGUGCCGCUCUGAGGAAUUGAAUUGGGCAGGUUGUAGCCUCUAGUGGAAAUUUCGUUAGGGAAAAGUGAGGGGAAUUUUAUACGGGAAAUCAUCGUGUAUUUAUUGUUUUGUGUUUUUCAUCUCCGCUACUGGGUAAUUGCAUCAGUAAUAAAGCAUUUAGAAAGGACAGCAACGCAUCGUGAUCGAAACGGUUUGUCGAUCGAAAUCUUCUUAACGAUUUUUGUUUCUAGAACUGUUGCUGCUUUGAAUUAGGACGAAAAAUCUAUCUGAAUAAACCAAAACUAGACAUUUCAACAUUCACCAAAUAUCAAAAGUCUGUUAAUUUGGACCUAGUUGAAGAAGAAAAAAACCUAUAGGAAUUCGGAUCUUCAGUAAAAGAGUUUUAAAGUUUCAUAUUUGUCACAUUUCCAGUACAAUUACGUGUGUGUGUGUGUGUGUCUGCGUGGGGAAAUGGGUUUUUUUAAUUCGAUUUUUUUUUGCUCGUUUGGGUACCUAAAUCAAAUUUAUCAAUAUAUGUUUGCUUUUUUUGUGUUCAUGUUUUAAUUCUCUUCACUUGUAUGUCUUCAUAAAAGCUAAAGCUAUGCCCCGUCAGGUGUUUUCAAGAGUAGUAAUUAUGUUUGCCUUUUUAAAUUCAUUUGUAGCUCACAGUAUUAACGAGUUGAGAUUUGUUGUUUGUCCGGGUCUAUUAACACUACGCAGGGUGCUGGUUUUUUUUCCAAAGCGGAGGGGUUUCUAUUGUGUUUUUACUGGAGGAGCAUUGUUUUGCGGAAUUU